AUGACUCAAUACUGUCGAAAAGACUCGGGAAUUGAACUAGACGAUAGAUACGAGAAGACCUCCUUCCUCACCCUCCCAGCCGAGAUUCGUACUCAAAUCUGGAACCUCGUCUUCGAUCCAGUCCAAAGCUACACCGACGCCUUCCAAUGUCCAAGAUGCAAUGACAAUGCACCUUCAGCUCUUCAAGAAGACUACUGGGCAUCUACAUACCUUCAACCUCUACUCACCUGCCGUCAAUUCUACCAAGACGCCCAUCUCCUCGCUUUCUCUCGCACAACCUUCGUGAUUCGUAAUCCAUAUACCGUACUCGAUAUUGCAGGCCGUAUGACCUCUACGCUCCGCCCUGCCCAAAUAUCCUCCCUUCGCAGUAUAGCAAUCAUCUCCGAAGCACGCCAUUUCCGCCAGAUGCACCAUUGGAAGACUCAUGCGUUUGGGAUACCUGCUCUCCAACUUGAAGAUAUGACAAUCAUUUUGCAUAGAUCGUCGUACUGGCAUUACCUCUUCGAUUUCAAUGUCAUGAUGACACAAAUGUUGAGGGACUUUGACGGUGUCAACAAGAUAUGCUUUGUACGGAAUCAUGCAAGAGUAAAGCCACAUUUCCAUACUUGGUUCAAUAGGUUUGUGGGAGCGAUGAUGAGGUUAGACAGGGUGGAGAGAUUCGGAAGGAAAGAGUCGAAGGCUGAGAAGACGUGGUGGAAUUGGGUUUAUGAUGAUGAGAAACAGACUGCGACGCUGGUUAAGGUUCCGAGUAAGGAUGCUGAGAUGGAUGUUGAGGAGUACGAUGAGUUCAUGGCGCCGAUGAUGGAGUGGUUGAAGAAGAGUAUGGAGGUUGAGGAGUAUGAUCCGGAUCCGAUGUCGAGGCUUGGGUUUGUUUGA